UUUUUCUUUCUCGUCCACCAGGCCUGGCCUGAGCCAGAGAGAGAGAGAGACGGCACCUCCUCACCACACUACAGCCCAGAGCUGUCUGUCUGUGGUCCACACCAACUUUGACCCCUAGAGGAGCCAUAUUUCUGUGGCCAUGGAGUCCUCUGAUGAAGAGGAGGGGCGCACCUUCGUCCAGGUGGUCAGUGAGAAGUACAACCCAGAGAAUUUCCCAUACUGCCGUGGGAACGGCAUGGGCGUCGUGGUGCUUUCCAGUCCACAGGGGUUGCCCAUUAAAGAUCGUCUGAAUCUGCCGAGUGUGCUGGUGCUGGACGGCUGUGGCAUCAGUAAAGCUGGGGAUGAAACUGAGGUGGCCACCUUUUGUGCCCAUGUGGUGGAGCUGGACCUGUCCCACAACCAGCUGCAAGACUGGGGGGAGAUCUGCACGAUCGUGUCUAACAUCCCCAACCUGGACUUCCUUAACCUGAGUAUGAACCCUCUGAGUGGGAUUGAGCUGGAGCCAGGCCUGGCUGAGGUGUUCUUCCGGGUCCGCCGCCUGGUUCUCAUCAACACACGUGUCACCUGGGACACGGUACACACACUCACACGCCAGACCCCUGAGUUGGAGGAGCUCUUCCUUUGUCUGAACGAGUACGACCAAGUAGCCGAAUCCCAGGUUCCCUGCCCCUCCCUGCGCCUGCUUCAGAUCACAGACAACCAGCUACAGGAGUGGGGCGAGGUGCGUAAGUUUGGGCCCAUGUACCCGGGCCUGCACAACCUGGUAUUGUCCAACAACAAACUGGGCUCUGUGGAGGAGGACACACCUCGGGACACACUGCAGCACCUGUUUCCUAACCUGCGCAGCAUCAACCUCAACAACUCAGGGCUGAACCGAUGGGAGGACAUAGAAAGGCUGAAUUUCUUCCCUAAGCUGGAGGAGGUGAGGCUGAUGGGGAUUCCAUUACUGCAGCCCUACACCAACAAAGAGAGACGCAGCCUCACUCUUGCACAGUUGCCAUCUGUGUCUGUGUUGAAUGGGAGUGUGGUGACGGAAGGGGAGAGAGAAGACGCUGAGAGGUUCUUCAUCAGACACUACCUGGACAUUCCAGAAGAGAUGCUGCCUCAUAGGUACUCAAACUUCAGACGGGCCUGGACAUCAUUUAUUUGGGCUGCAAUUUCUGAGGCUGCUCUUUCUGAGGAGAUCAUGUACCCCUAUGGGCCUACCCACCAAGAUCUGGAGACACCCAAGAUGGAUGAUGGGAGUUCCACUGAAAUAAUUAUACUCAUGCCAUUCAUUUUUUUCAAUAACCCCUACCGCUCCAUCUAUGUCAACAACAAUGGUGUGAUUUCCUUCAACGUACAAGUGAGCCAGUUCACCCCUGAGGCCUUCCCACUGAGUGAUAGCAGAUCCUUCAUUGCACCAUUAUGGGCAGACGUGCACAACGGCAUCCGCGGAGACGUGUACUAUCGUGAGAGCACAGACCCAGAGUUACUGGAGCAGGCCACACAAGACAUCCGCAAGUACUUUAAGAACAUGCCCACCUUCACAGCCACCUGGAUCUUCAUCACAACCUGGCACCAGGUCACCUUCUACGGAGGCAGUCAGACCACCCCGGUGAACACAUUUCAGGUUGUGUUGAUAUCAGAUGGUCUGUCAUGCUUUUCCAUGUUCAACUAUGGAGAGAUCAACUGGAGCACAGGCACAGCCAGUGGAGGAGACCCUCUGACUGGUUUGGGUGGUACCACAGCACAGUCAGGUUUUAAUGGAGGAGAAAUCGGUAACUUCCUCAACCUGCCUGGGUCCCGUUCCAAUGCCGUGGUUGAAAUCGAGCAGACGACCAACGUAAACCUGCCUGGCCGCUGGGUCUUCCAUAUAGACACUGCCCUGAUAGACCCUGCCAAUGGCUGCAGUUACAAUGGGCGGUUCUAUCGGCGUGGUGAGAUCUUCUGGCUGUCCAACCAGUGCUCCCAGCGGUGCCGCUGCCUGGACAUGGACAAUGAGGUGCUCUGCCAGGAGGCGCCUUGUAGCCAGCUGGAAACGUGUGAGCAGAAGGAGGGUGCCUUCUACUGCCGGUCCACGCGCACCAGCACCUGCGUGGUUUUCGGCGACCCUCACUACCACACCUUUGAUGGCUUCCUCUACCACUUCCAAGGCACCUGCUCCUACCUGUUAGCCCGGCCCUGCUGGGAGGUGGCUGGCCUGCCCUUCUUCAGAGUGGAGGCCAAGAAUGAGAACCGCGGCGUGGCCUCUGUGUCCUGGCUGAGGGAUGUCACUGUGGAGGUGUACGACCACCGAGUCACCCUGCCUAAGGGCAGCCAGGGCAAAAUACAGGUGGAUGGACUGAUGAAGACACUGCCAGUCCAACUCCAGCUAGGUGCAGUCAGGGUGUACCAGUCGGGCAUGGCCGUCGCCCUGGAGACUGACUUCGGCCUCCUGGUGACCUAUGAUGGGCAGCACUACGCCUCCAUUUCCCUGCCCAGCUCCUACUUCAACAACACAUGCGGCCUGUGCGGUAACUAUAACGACGACCCUGCCGAUGACCCUGUGCUGCCCGACGGCUCGCUGGCCGAGAGCGUGGUGGAGCUGGGUGGCAGCUGGCGGGCGGAGGACGCUGACUGGCGCUGCACAGACGGCUGCGCCCAGAACUGCAGUAUCUGUGACCCGUUGACCGAGGCAUUCUACUUCCGCCCGGACUACUGUGGACUCAUCAACAAGACGGACGGGCCUUUCAGGGACUGCAGGGCAGUGGUGGACCCAGCGGCCUUCGUCUAUAGUUGUGUCUACGACAUGUGCAGCAACAGGGACAACAAUACCACCCUCUGUCAGGCCAUCCAGGCCUACGCCUUAGCCUGCCAAGCCCUGGGGGUCACCAUACGAACCUGGAGGUCACGCACCUUCUGUGGUGGGUCCCUGACAUGCCCUGAGUCCAGCCACUACCAGGUGUGCACCAGUGCCUGCGCCGCCUCGUGCUCGGACCUCACCUCCCACCUGUACUGCACCCACCCCUGCACAGAAGGCUGCAAGUGCGAACCGGGCUACGUGCUGAGUGGCAACCGCUGCGUCCGGCGCCAGGACUGCGGCUGCGAGCGUGAAGGCCUCUACUACCCACUCAACGACACUUUCUGGGCGGGCACCACUGGCGAGGACGGAGAGUGCACCCUGCGCUGCGUCUGUGGGCCCAACGGCAAAGUCUCCUGCUUCAACGAUUCGUGUAUAGAAGGCGAGGUGUGUGUGGCAGAGUUCGGCCUGUUGGGCUGUUACCCCCGCAGGGAGGGGGUGUGUUCUCUGGGCCAGAAUGUUGUGACGGCCUCUUUCGACGGGGCCUCCAUGCCCUUCCCGGACGACAGCUCCUACUACCUGCUGAGGUCAUGUGGGCCAGCGCCGGCCAACGUGUCGGCUGUGGAGGUGAAGAUGGGCCGGCGGCUGGUAAACAAGGGUCCGUCCUGGAUGCGGCCCGUGGUGGUCAGGGUGGCCAACCUGGAGGUCCAGAUGGGUGGAUCGGACUUUGACAUAGUGAAGCUGAACGGUGAGCUGGUACUGUUGCCUUAUGUCCACCCACUGGAGACCCUUAUGAUCUACCGCGCCCCGGGCAACGCUACCAUUGUGGAGUCCAGCGGAUUGGUCUCAGUCCGCUACACCCGCCAGGGCCUCCUCAACAUCUCUCUCUCUACCCUCUUUUACAACGCCACCUGCGGACUGUGUGGCCUCUUCAACGGAAACGCCAGCGAUGAUCUCCGUCUGCCUGACGGCCGGCUGGCCGAAUCUCCCGAACUUUUCACUGACGGCUGGCGGGCCAUCGCCGACGACCUGACGUGCAAUGGCGAUUGCGACAACCUGUACCGCAUGUGCGCGGACCUGCGGCUCUACCAGAGCCCAUGGAUGUGCGGCAACAUCAACGACCCGGGGAACAGCUCCUUCCUGGCGUGCCAUGGCGCCGUCAACCCCUCGCCGUUCUUCCGGAACUGCCUGUACAACAUGUGCGUGCGGGAGGGAAACCGCUCAGUGCUCUGCUCUUCGCUGCAGGCGUAUGCCUCGGCCUGUCAAGAUGCCCAGAUGGGCCUUGCUGCCUGGAGGAGUGCUACCAAUUGCUCCUUGCCCUGUCCGGAGAACAGUCACUUCAACGAGUGCACCAGCGCUUGCCCGCUGACCUGCGCUGGCCUGGACGAGCCCAACGAGCUGUGCCCACUGCCCUGCCAGGAAGGCUGCCAGUGUGUGGAGGGCUUUGCGCUGCGUGACGGCCAGUGCGUGGCACGCAGCGACUGCGGCUGCAUCAGCUCUGCAGGCCGGCAGCUGGCCACCAACCAGACCUUCUGGACCGACUGGGAGUGCCAGGAGCGCUGCUACUGCAACGGCUCAGACAACAGCAUCUACUGCACGCUGGCGCCGUGCCCGAAGGAUGAGUACUGCCAGGAGGGCCUUGAGGGCCUCUACUUCUGCCAGCCGCGCACCGAGGCGCUGUGCAUUGCCGCUGGUUACAGCCACUUCCUGCCAUUCGGCGGUGUGCCCUUCGAGCUGCAGAGUAGCUGUACCUUGAGGCUGGCUACAACGAGGAUGAGCACCAGCGCCGACCUCCCUCUCUUCAAGCUGUCAGCCCGGAACGAGGAGCGGGACACGGGGCAAGCCAUCUGGGUGAGGGGGUUCAUCUUGGAAGUCUAUGGCUAUGAGAUUGAGGUGUCUCGGAGCUACAAACACACCAUCACGGUGAAUAAGGAGCGUCUGUACCUGCCUCUGAAGCUGGGGCCGGGGAAGGUCCACAUCUUCACCUUCGGCAUGCAGCUGGUGGUGGAGACGGACUUUGGCCUGAAGGUUGCCUUCGACUGGAACACGCUGCUCCUGCUCACGCUGCCUCGACACCUCUACAACGCCACCUGCGGCCUGUGCCAGGGCAUGCCACUUUCCUCUCCACCUGCCCUUACCACCAGCAACUGGGGCAUGGCCUGGGCUGAGCGGGACACCUUCUGCCAGGUGGGAUGCGGCGACUCGUGCCCACGUUGCGGGUUGGUAGAGAGAGGCCUCGGUGCGGUGCGUCUGUGCGGGCUGAUCAAGGACCGCGGCGGUGUGUUUGCGCGCUGCCACAGCAAGGUGGCGCCGGUGUUCUUCUACCAGAGCUGCCUGCAGGACACGUGCCUGGACAAGGGUGCCCCUGAGACCAUUUGCAACUGGCUGCAGAUCUACACCAGCACAUGCCAGACCCAGGGGGUGCGCGUGUUAGGCUGGAGGAGUGACACACCCUGUGUGCUGACGUGCCCAGCCAACAGCCACUACUCUGGCUGCAUGUCCGUGUGCCAGCCGCAGUGCACCCCAGCCCACGGCCAGAGGGAGUGCACCCAGGACUGUGUGGAGGGCUGCCAGUGUGACCAGGGCUACGUCCUCAAUGGCAAAGGUUGCAUCCUGCCCCAGAACUGUGGCUGCUACAACGACGGCAAGUACUAUGAGCCCAAACAACUGUUCUGGAACAGCGACUGCACCAAGCGCUGCCAGUGCAUCGGCCGUAAUCUCAUCCAGUGUGACCCGCGCCGCUGCAAGGCCGAGGAGGAGUGCGCCCUGCGCCAUGGUGUGCGCGGCUGCUUUCCCUUGCGCUCGCAGCACUGUGUGGCGUCCGGCGGCGGUGUCUUCAGGACCUUUGACGGUGCGUCCCUCCGCCUGCCUGCCUCCUGCUCCUUUGUGCUGUCCACCAACUGCCACAAGCUACCUGACCUCUCCUUUCAGCUCAUCGCAAACUUCGACAAGUGGAGCACGCCCAACCUCACCACCAUCUCCCAUGCGUACCUCUAUAUUAACGAGGAGAAUAUCCUGAUCUCCAGGAGCACCGUGAAGGUGAACGGCACGCCCGUGUCAGUGCCUUUCGUCACGGGCCUGACGCACGUCUCCACGUCGGAGGGCUUCCUGGUCAUCGACACGCUGCAGGACAUCCAGGUGCGCUACAACCGCUUCAACACGCUCAGCAUCACUAUGGGCCAGCGGCUGCAAGACAAGGUGUGCGGCCUUUGCGGCAACUUCAACGGAGACCCCACUGACGACUACAUCACCUCCCGCGGGAAGCCAGCUGUCAGCGCCCUGGAGCUGGCCCAGAGCUGGAAGACCAAUGGCAUGCAGAACAGCUGUGAUGAGACCCAGUAUGUGGCACUGGCGCAGUCGUGUGAGAACACAGCCGUAAUGGGCCUCCAGGUCGAGGAGGGGUGCCAGAAGCUCACCCAGAUGAAGGGCUUCUUCCAGCCCUGCCACGGCCUGCUGGACCCUAGGCCCUUCUACCAGUCCUGCUACCUGGACGGUUGCUACAAUCACCACAAGGCCCAGGUGUGCGGCUCGCUGGCUGCCUACGCCGAAGCCUGCCGCUCCCUGGGCAGGCUCACCACCAAGUGGAUUGCCCAGGAAAAUUGCUCAGAAUGGAUCUAUGACCCUUGCGCAGGAGAGAUCUGCACCAACAACACGUGUGAGCAGGAGAACGGGGGAGACAUGUGUGGCUGCCCCGAGCUGCCCAACAACGCUGGUGGCGAGGAUGACAUCAUCCAGGCGGAGGUGACGUGUAAGCACGCCCAGAUGGAGGUGUCCAUCUCCAAGUGUAAGCUCUUCCAGCUGGGUUUCGAGCGUGAGGACGUGAGGAUUAACGACCAGUACUGCCCUGGCAUUGAGGGAGAGGACUUCAUCUCUUUUCACAUCAACAACACCAAGGGCCAUUGCGGCUCCAUUGUACAGUCCAACGGCACACACAUCAUGUACAAGAACACGGUGUGGAUCGAGAGCUUGAAUAACACGGGCAACAUCAUCACCAGGGACAAGACAAUCAACAUGGAGUUUUCCUGCGCCUACGAGCUAGACCUCAAGAUAUCAUUGGAGACAGUGCUCAAGCCCAUGCUCAGUGUUAUCAACCUCACCCUUCCCACCCAGGAAGGUAACUUCAUCACCAAGAUGGCGCUGUACAAGAACUCCUCGUACCGCCAACCUUACCACGAGGGCGAGGUGGUGCUGAGCACGCGGGACGUCCUCUACGUGGGGGUGUUUGUGGAGGGGGCCGAUGAGGACCAGCUCAUCCUCAUCGUCAACGUGUGCUGGGCCACGCCGUCCCGCUACAGCAGCGACCGGCUCCGCUACAUCAUCAUAGAGAGAGGUUGUCCCAACAUCAAGGACAACACCGUCGGCAUGGCUGAGAACGGGGUGUCCCUCACCUGCCGCUUCCACGUCACCGUCUUCAAGUUCAUCGGGGACUACGACGAGGUCCACCUCCACUGUGACGUGUCGCUGUGUGACCACGAGACCAAUGCCUGCAAAGUGAACUGUCCCCACAACAGGAGAAUGUACUCAGACUACAGCGAUCACAAGGAGAAGAUUCUCACUGUAGGACCCAUCAGAAGGAGAGAGUCGGACUGGUGUGAGGUGGGUAACGGAGGCUGUGAGCAGAUCUGCACCAGUAAAAGGAUGGGAGCUAUGUGUAGCUGUGUGACUGGGAUGCUGCAGCGGGACGGCAAGAGCUGUCAAGCUGUCAGCUCCAGCGUUGACCUACGACCCCUUGUUCUCCCUCUGGCUCUUAGCACUGUGGUCUCCAUGCUCCUCACUCACACACACAAUUCCCUCUUCUCCUAAUCCUGGGCGGACAGUCAGAGAGAGCGAGGAGGGAGAGAGAGACAGAUAAAAAGAGAAGAGGAGAGCAGUAUUACACGAAAAACAGCAAACCAGAGGAGAGCAGAUAUCUAUACUUUCUACUCACUGUCACAGAGACUGCCACAGAAACCAAUCACAGAGCAGAGAGGCACUUCCCUCCGAAUGCACUAAACAAAAACAACAACAACUCACAAGACUGGGGCACUGGAUCACAAUGGAAAAAGCCCUCCAAACUACUCGUUCUAUUCAUGUAAACUUUAGCUAGACAGCAGAAAGUCGGUAUAUUUCAUUUAACAAACAGUUUAGUGAGUUAGUACUAGAUAGUGUUUUUUUUUUUAUGAGAGGUGAUGGCAUAGUUUGCCCUACAUUUAUCUUUGAUGGCAAAGCUUGGUUGACAAAAUGUUUUUAAAAUAAUUGUAUCAUUAUUUAUGUGUGAAGUCAGAGGCUGUGUAUGUGAAUCGAUUACCUGUUCCCUUCUCAUCCCCUAAUCAUAAAUUACAGUAUGAGUCUCAAAAACAUACAAAGUAAUGCUCUGGUGGAUGUGCCUUGACUACCAAAGUGUUUGGUCAUGUCCCACUGACAUUUUACGUGCCUCCUUCAUGGCCUACCUUAAUCAGAAACAGUUCUAAAAUUACUCUCAGAAACAUUUGAUUGAAGAAAAUGAAUAUUGUGAAGGUGAAAUUAAGUCUCAAAAAUGUAUUUUUGUUUAUUUUUUGCACAACAUACAUUUUGUAAAGACUGAUGUAGAACCAGUUCUCCAGACCAAUAUCAUUCUGUGCCUACCUAUACUGUUCUCAGCAUGUGAACAGGUAAUGUUUUUGUACAAUGAAUGACACAGAAGGAAGCUCACCCCACUCCAUAUAGCUAGCAAUAACAAUUUCAUUUUAGAAAAUAUUGGAGUAUCUCAUAACAUUUUCAUUAUGUACAAAUAUACAUAUUGUUAAUACAGGCUUUUUUAUGUGAUAUUGUAUGAAUUUCAAAUGAACUUUAAAUAUCAAGUUUGGAUAAUUAAGUGACCAAAAAAGGCAGUAAGACGAGAGGCAACCAUCGCAUUUUAGAGAAGUAAUACAAUUUCCAGAAUAAACUGAAUGGUUCUCAUAA